AUGCCGCUGGAAACUCAAGUCUACAGGAAUGCAAGCCACAAUGAGGUUCAGAAUCAGUUAUCACAUGUAAAAUGCUUUCAUACUGAAUGUGACAAGGCUUUGAAUAAGACAUCCAUCACAGAACAAGACCUUUUGCAGACUGGAAUUGGAUGCCAUACCUGCAUGGAAUAUAAUGAAUGGUUUACCACAAAAGCUGAUGCAGAAAUGCAUCUGGGAACUCAUGGAAAUGAAUGGUCAUGCAGCUGGCUUUCUGACACCAGCAAAUUCUAUACUAAUAACCCCAACAAAUUCCAUACUACUAACUUAAAUGAUAAAUUCCUUCCCUGUGGCAAAUGCGAAAAUGCUACAGAUGUAGCGCACAAACAAAUUUUUGGUGUUGAGAAGUUACAGAAAGUUACCCCAUGUGAACCAGACUUUAAAGGUAAAAAUAAAAUAUCCAGAGAGCACAUUAUCAAGAAUCCCUGUAAACCUGACACCUUUGGCAAAGUUUUUAAACAUAAGAAUAGCAUGUUAAUUCAUUGUGUUCCGACUGACCAAAAACCCUAUAAAUGUGCCAUAUGUGGCAAGGGUUUUACACGGAAGUCUUGCAUGGAAAAACAUCAGUAUGUCCACUCAGGACUGAUACCCUAUAAAUGUAAUACAUGUGACAAGAGUUUUUCAUGUAAAAGAAGUCUGGCACGGCAUCUGAAUAUCCACAGUGGCUUUAAACCUUAUAAAUGUGCCACUUGUGGGAAGCGUUUCGCAGAUGAAUCUUACGUGAAAAAACAUCAGCAUAUCCACACUGGACUCAUGCCUUAUAAAUGUACUACAUGUGACAAGGGUUUUAUGUAUGAACGAAAUCUGGUAGUGCAUCAGAAUAUCCACACUGGGUAUAAACCCUAUAAAUGUGCCACAUGUAGUAAGAGUUUUACACAGAAACGUUACUUGACAACGCAUCAGUAUAUCCAUUCAGGAUAUAAACCUUAUAAAUGUGCCACAUGUGACAAAAGUUUCACACAGAGACAUCACAUGAUAAGGCAUCAGUAUGUCCACACUGGACUGAUGCCUUAUAAAUGUACUACAUGUGACAAGGGUUUUACAGAUAAAAAGAAUCUGGAAAUGCAUCAGUAUAUUCAUGCUGGAUAUAAACCCUUUAAAUGUGCUACAUGUGGCAAAUGUUUUACAAGGAAGUACUGCAUGAUAUUACAUCAAUAUGUCCAUACUGGACUGAAGCCUUAUAAAUGUACUACAUGUGACAAAAGUUUUACAGAGAAAAGGAGUCUAGAGAUGCAUCAGUAUAUCCAUGCUGGAUAUAAACCCUAUAAAUGUGCCACUUGUGGGAAGGGUUUUGCACAAAAAUCUUACAUGAAAAAACAUCAGCAUAUUCACACUGGACUCCUGCCAUAUAAAUGUACCACAUGCGACAAGGGUUUUAUAUCUGAACAAAAUCUGCUUUUUAGUUUCAGUUCUAAUGUAGCACAGUCUGUGUACACCGAGGUGUUAAGGGUGAAGGGGGACUUGGUAAAAUGA